AUGCAAAUCCAGAUCAACACCUCCAAUUUCGAUCACUCCGACGCCCUUGACGCGCACGUCCGCGAGACCCUCGAGCGCACCGUCGGUCGCUUCGGCGAACGCGUCACGCGGUACGAGGUCCACCUCUCGGAUCUCAACGGCCAGGCGAAGGCCGGGCCGGACGACAAGCGCUGCCUCAUCGAGGCGCGCCCCGCGGGGCGUGACCCGCUCGUCGUCGAGGACCGCGCGGGCGAUUUCUACGACGCGAUCACCACGGCCGCGGAGAAGAUGCGGACGUCGCUUGAGCGCCGGCUCGAGCGCACGUAA